GCCCGGUCUCAAGCUGCUUCCGCAUUCGCUGCUGCUGCGGCGUCUGCCGCCCGGAUCGCCGCGGGUUUUUUCCUGCCCCACACUCUCCACCUUGCUCCUUGCGUGUCCUGAGCAAGAGCUGCCGCGCUUCCCGGGAAUUUCCAGGGCAGGAGUGAUGUCAACUGCUGUACUUGCUACUGAUCACUUUGCAAAAUGAGAAGUGAACUGAGGAUGGGAGAAGGAAAUCCUCUCUUUGAACUGCUUUAAGCCAGGGGAAUUUAUCUGCAGUGAAUACUUCAGUGCAUUUGUGGGGCUUUUAAAGAAGGAGAUGCAGAUGGCAAGGGAUAUGAUUUGUGGUCACAGCUGCCAUUUAGCUCCCUCUAUUCACUUAACGUUGAUGACACUGGGAAGAUGAUUCUUGCUGUUUUUUGGCCUGAUUUUUAAUGGGAAAUCUUCAUCUGGCUUAGAGGAUUGGAAUGUCAAAUAUGUUGGUAUCAUUUGAAGAACUGGCUGUGAACUUCACCCAGGAGGAGUGGCAGCACCUGGACAAUGCUCAGAGGACCUUGUAUAGGGAUGUGAUGCUGGAGACCUACAGCAGCCUGCUGUCCUUGGGGUACUGUAUUUCCAAACCUGAGGUGAUCUUGAAGUUGGAGCAAGGAGCAGAGCCAUGGAUGGUGAUAGAACCCCUAAACCAGAGUCUCUCAGUUGCAAACAGAAAGAAUGACCUGUUUGGAACCAGCCAGAAAAGUCAAGAAAUAAAUUUGAGGGUGCCUGAUGAGAUGCCAGUGGGAGAGAAACUGGAUGGCCCUAAUGUACCUGGAAACUCCUUCCAAUGCUGGGAGCCUCAUAGUUAG